CCUGCAACAGCGUGUUUAAUGCAAACGUGUUAGAUUAUUAUUCUUAUAAACCAGGAUUUGUUUGUGAUCUGAGAUGCAGUGAAGAUGGCAACAGGGACUAAAGCUCUUCCUGAUAUUUUCAUUUUUGACUCCAGUGAUGAUGCAGUGAUCCGGAUUCUUCUGCUGGGCAGAAACACUUCUGGGAAAAGCUCAUCUGGGAACACUAUACUGGGAGAAGAGAGGUUUAAAAGGCACGAGUCUGAGGUGUGUGAGGGUCAAGCUCAGAUCUGUGGGCAGCAGGUUGCUGUGAUUGAUUGUCCAGAUCUACUGGAUCCAGAUCUGAAUGAAGAGCAGCUGGAGAAGAUGAAAGAGCAGCUGGUCGCUGGAUGUUCAGCAGGUCUCAGUUCAGUUCUGCUCACCGUGUCUCUGGAGAAACCUGUGGGAAAUGAGGAGGAGAUCCUGGAUUAUAUGAAGUGUUUGUUUGGUGCUGGAGUUCAGAAAUACAUCAUGAUUCUGUUCACACGUGGAGAUGAUCUGGAGGAUCUGGAUCAGACCAUUGAUGAACAUCUGAAACACAAAGAUCAUGAGGAUCUGCAGCGACUCGUGACUGAAUGUGGAGGAAAGUUUCACUGUUUCAAUAAGAUGAAGAAAGCGAAGGGUCAAGUUGAAGAUCUACUGCAGAAGAUUGAGGGAAUGAUGACGGAGAACGGAGGGAAUUUCUUUAUGAAACAAAUGCAGAGGAGCGACAGCAUGGACGUUCUUAAUGUCAGCUUUUCUGGACAGAGUUUACCAUAUCCAGUCUCCAGAUGAAGUUGAUGCAGUUCUUGAGAGGAAAGACCAGAUCAGGCUGGCUCUGCUGGGAAAAACUGGACUCUGCAACACUACUGGAAACACCAUCGUGGAUAUCAAACAGUGUCCGUGAGAAACUACAGUCUCAGUGAUGUGUGUGAUUAAGAAACUUAAUAAUCAGACACACAAGACUCCUAAAGCAGUUCUUUUCUUAUCAGCGGUGUAUUAAAAUCAUGCAGAGAUAUGCAUGCAGCGAUCACAGUAAUACAUCAGUCACUGCACGAGCUGCGAGUGUCUCCAAACAACUGUAAUAAAUGCACCGCAUUAAUCUGAAUCUGCUGUUCAUUCACAUGAUGCUGGACUAUGAUGUACUCUGUAAAUAUAAUGUGCUUUCUGUAUCGCUAUCCAGAGUGAGUGGCUUUCCCUUUAGAGGGGAAUCGG